AUGACACGCUUGUUUUUUGAUACUCUUGAGAAAAAUGUUUGUGUGGGCACUGGAAGCUCAUGCCUUGUCUACCAUGUCAGCCCUGCCAUUGCUGUAAAGACAGUUCGGCACUCCGAAUAUGAUGAAAGACAUCCAUUCCUCCAAGAAAUCACAUUUUUUAAUGCCCUCAAUGACCGCGAAGAUCGUUGUGUGGAUAUUAUUGAAUGUUUUCUAGCUCUCACAGAUCAUAUUUUCUUGGCUUAUUGUGAUCUUAAUCAGCUAGGUCGUCGUCUGACUAGCCGCCAGGCUUGCGAGACUCUUCCUGACGGCUCGCCGGGACGUGUCAUCAGUGUUAAUGAGUUUGAUGAUUCCUCUCUUGUUGCUCGAUGGAUACGGCAGAUUGCCUCCGCCCUAGAGUAUAUUGAGAAGAUGGGCUUUGCACACAACGACGUUCACCCACGAAAUUGUCUGCUAGACAAAAACCUCAAUUUGAAAUUAGCCGAUUUUGACUACUGCACUACUGUUGGACAAUGGCUUACAAGCUCUUAUGCACCUUGGGCUAGAAUGAUACCCUCAGGACCUUUGAAAGGUACUUAUGGACUUUGUGGGGCUAGAACUGAGCAGUUUGCGGUUGGGACACUUUUAUAUAAUAUGGUUUACGGUUAUCAGCCGUAUGACGAUAUCGACCUCAAGAGUCAGAACCCCGACGAACUGGAGCGCCGUUUUCAAGAAAUGGAAUUUCCUGAACUUGGCAAACACCAAACCUUCGAUGGCCUAAUAUCAGCUUGCUGGUAUAAUGUCUAA